AUGGAGAAGCCGGCCAGCGUAUGGACGCGUCGCAUCAUCAUCGCCGCCUUCUGGGCCGUCGUCGCGUGUCUCGGCCUGCCUCACUGGACGUGGACCACUUCCAUCCACCGCGCUUCUCUCCCCCUCGAGUCGAUGAACGCAUGGGCAGAGGGGAAGGUAUGCACCUCGAGAAUCUAAUCUGUCCUGCUCUCCCGGCUCAUACUCACUCGCCUUGCAACAGUGUCGACUACAUUACCCCCUCACCAUUGCCCUGGACACUCCCGCUCUCGCGCCGCCACAUGCCGUCCACCUGCUUUCUACUCUCGACUCGCUCAUCAACCCUCCCUCUCCCGCUCGUCUCCACAGCUUUCAUGUCGUCCCCGAGGCCACCAAUGCAUCCGCUCCCGCUCCCGCCUUGACCGUGCGCCUUGAUCCCGCGUCCAACUCGGCCGCGCCUUCCGCAGAGCUGCAUUCCUGGCUACCGGUCAUGCACGUCCAACACCCCGUGCACUCUCCCUCCGAUGUCGAUGACCUGGCCAAGUAUCUCGCGCAGGAGAUAUCCCGCGUGUUCGACGACGAGAAUGCCGCUCUUUGGCAUCUCAUCAAGGACACCUCCUUUUCCAAAGCCCUCCCUUCUCCACCACUCUCCCCCGAGAGCAUCUCAAUGCUUGACAAGAGAACCACCAGAUCCUUCAAGUAUGCUCCCAACUAUCACCUGACCUUCUCCCUCUUCACCCCUGGAGCCUCGCCUUCCGCCUGGGAAAUCAAUCAAGCCGUCGAGGAAUACAUCUCUCCCCUUCUAGCCCCUCUAUCUGCAAUCAGCGACUUCACCAUCGACACACAGGUCCAAUUGUACGCAUCCUUCAGUCCGUCCAUUGCCGGCCCCGUCUUCAACGCGGAAAAGAACCACUGGACGCUUGGAUACGGUGACCUGACAGGCUUUGUCAAUGCUGCCGAGUGGCCGUUGAGCCCAAGCAUAGGAUCGGGCCCCACCAUCAACUUCGUCUUAUACGUUGCAUCUCCGGAGAAGCGCCCACUCUGGAUCGAAGAAACUUCAGGCAUCAGCUGGAUCAUACCUCAGUGGGGAGGUGUGCAGAUUCAUAACGCGCCGAGUUCGAAGCCGGAUGAGCUGACUCUGGACGACCUACGUCCUGACAUGCUGGUCUUUGCUGCCCAAGUGGCGUCCCUCUUGGGAGUUCCACCCUCGCCUCCGUCUCUGUCUCUACGAAUCUCGAGCCUGACACGGGAAAGGGCGACAGCUUUGAUCCUGUCUGCCUCCUCUACCCUUGGAGCUCUCUCAAGACUGACUCUCAAACUCACUUCGAUUGCGAUUCCCGCUUCGGUGGCAAAAUCUGUCGACGAGACCUUGAGUCGACUCGAACAAGCGUGCAGCGAUCUCAGCGAUGGACGCUUUCAGAGUGCGCUCGAGAACGCUAGGGUAGCGGAAACAGAGGUUGAGAAAGCAUUCUUCGAGCCCUCUAUGGUCGGGCAGGUCUACUUUCCGGAAGAACAUAAAGUAGCUGUCUACGUGCCUCUGCUGGGUCCCAUGGCGGUUCCCCUGGUCAUGUCCGCAUUGAAGGAGUUCAGGAACUUUCGCGCGAGGAAGACGAAAGCGGCCUAG